CUUGGAUGCCUGUGUUUUGAUUUUGUGAUAUAUCGAGGUUGCCGGUUGUCACUCAAAAUACGGAGAUGUACUGAUCGUAUUGUAAUCUUUAUAUCUGUGAGUGAUAUUUGAGAAUGGGAAACGGAGCUAGUAGCAAUGUGAAAUCAAUCAAACUCAAACAGAAUCGACGGAGCCUUCAAGAUCUCCACGAAGUUCGAGAAAGGAGAUCCAAUUCCGAUGGAUAUAUUGUGGAUAAUCUUAAUUCCAGUAAAUCGAAGGUGGAUAUGUUGCAACUGCAAUUGAAAGAAUGUCAACAGUUGUUGUCAGAAACUGAAGAGAGAGCUGAGAAGGCGGAGGAGAAAGCUAAGACUGUUGAAGAACAGAUGGCUGAAGUGGAAGGUGAAAACUUUGAGUUAAUUGAUAAAGUUGCAGCCCUGGGAGACGAAAUUGAAGUUUUACGAAGAGAUGCAAAUCAAGAUGAUUUUACAGGAACUGUAAUGGCUAAGGAUCAGAGCAUUGAAAAGCUGGAGAAAGAAAACAAAGAUUUACAAGUUGAUCUCAAGAAGUUGAGACUGAAGGCCAAGAAAAGAAUAAAAAGUAUUCAGACAGAAUUAGCGGAGACUAAACAGGAAUCUUCUUUGAAGAUCUACAGCUUGAAGCAGGAUAUAUCCCGAAUUGAGGAAGAGAAUGCGAAACUGACACAACGACUUGAUAGAGCCUGUUCAGCUUCAAAAUCAAGACAGUUCAGUUCAGAGAAGAAAGAUGAUGAACCAGAAUGGGAAGACAGCAGAACUAAAUUAAUUUUAGAGCUAUCCAACCAAGUAUCCACACUGGAUGAUAAAAUUAACCAACUUGAAGAUGAACUUGAAGCAAAGGAGAAAAUCAUACAAGAAUUGCAAAAGUUGCAUUUACGGCCGCCGAGUGGAACUAGGAAAGGUUCCUCAUCAAAAGGUUUGAAAGACGCUCAUCAGACUGACUCUAACAGGCCAGGAAGUGGACAUGCUGAUGCUCUGAAACAGAGAGUGUCGUCUGCUGGCAGUAUAGAUAGUGUUGAAUCAAGGGAAAACAUUAGACCUGAUCUUGAUUCAGGUAUAGGGUUAGAUGAGAGCACUGCCGCUAGCAGGUUGUCCUCUGCCCCACCUAGAAUGACUGCCGAAUCUGAGACGCAGAGUCGAUCAGCUGUGAAUGAAGCUGUCAGUUCUAGUCGCCGACGACGGAGUAAUAAAAUACAGAAACAUUCAUCUGUAGAUGUAUCAGACAUUGAAAGAACAAGAAAGCAAUCAGAAAUAAACUCAAGAUUUUUUGAUUCGGUCAACGAUGCUCAAAAAGAUUUGCCAUCGGCAGAUGUCCACUCUGAAAGUAGAGUGAAUAGUGGAGGAGCUAGGAGGAAAAACCUGAAAGCAAAACAGGCUUUUACAUCUGAGCAAAUCUCAGGGGAUUCUAUGAGGACUCAACAACAAUACACUGAAAAAUCAAAGCCUAAAAUUGCAGCAAACUUCUCGCAACCAGACGAGUUGGAUGAUUUACUUCAUGACAUUGAUAGUGUGGGUUACAGUGACGAACAUCUGAAAAAGAGAAAAAAAAGAUCAAAAUAUAAAUCUCCAUCCUCCUCUGGGGAUCAGAAAGUAUGCAUAGAUGUUACCGUGGAUUUGGAGCCUUCGAUACAAGGAAUAUCAGUGCCAUGA